AUGGCAUCCAUAGGUUGUUCUUUCGCGUUGUUUUCGGAAAAAAGAUGUGGUGCAUCAAGCUACUAUAAAUCGCUAAUAUCAGUGGUACCAUUAAAAUCCUGUAAGAAGAACACAAAAGCUCAUCUUUGCUCAUCACACAGAACAUCAAACGUUGAUAUUGAGGAAGAGUGGCAGUUACUUCUUGCAAGGGUAGGACAGCAGGGAAGCGACGGCGAAGCACUGACUAUAUGCCCACUACAUCGAGAUGACAUGCAAACAUCCUUUGCACAACAGCAAGCAAAAACCUUUACGUGGUGUCAACUUGAAGAUUGCAACCGAAAUUAAACAAAUUUGGGGAAAAGUUGUUGAGCUAGGACAAGGUGAAUGUUCGUAAGAACUUCUUACUGUAUUUAGUAACUGCAGAUAUCUUCAUAGCGGACUAUUAGAAAUGGUCAUUACUUUUUACUAGAUUUUCCAGAUAUCUGUGCAAAUUUUGAGGCCUUUGAGAGUUUUUAGUUGCGUUUUUUCAGACUUUUGGGACUCUCGAAUUAAGGCUUUUAUGCAAACGUAAUAAAGUAAAAGGGGGUGGGCUGGGAAAAAUAGGGGGUGGGUCACUAUUUUUGAGCACGGUUAAAGGGGUGGGUCAUCGAAAGUUAAGCGCAAUCAUAAGGGUGGGCCAUGUAAAAAUAUGCAGAAGAUUGGGCCCCAGCAAUUUUUUUGUGUUAAAAAUUUCCGCGCAAAGAACAAGAUAUCUGUUUUUUUUGGCUAAGUACCGAAAUUUGGUAUGAAAAAUUAAGAUAAAGUCUUUGGAAAGCAAUUGCAAAGUACUUGUCUGGAAAAUUUUUUUACCUAAAAAAGUUGGGGGGGGGGGGUUCUUGUAUGAAAAAAAUUUUUUCAGAAAAAAUUGGAAAAGGGGUGGGUCAUAAUUUUUUCGUACCCAGAGCCCUUCUUACGCGCGAUGUGACGAGGAGCUGUGGCUGUUGACCACGCGUAAGAAGGGCUCUGGGUACGAGAAUGGGACAAAAAUUAAACAAUUUACCCAAUAUGGCAUCUAGAAAGUUUUCCUACAUUCCUAAAGUUAUUUGUGCAGCCUGAAACGCAACAAUUAUAAUAAGGCAUCUUUUGAUAUAUAUUUAGUUCACUCACUAUAACUUGUUGUCCCUCCAAACGUCCCUCCAAACAUCAACUAGACACAGUCCUCUGCUCAAUUGGGGAAUGGGUAAUUCUGAACUGUACAAGGUACACUCCACAUAUAGUCUGCAACCAAAAUAAUUAACGUGCUCAUCUCUCACAUUGCCAUUGGUCAUUGCAAAAAUCACCUUCUGCAGCGUAAUGACACAAAAUAUUUAAUGUAUUGCACUUAAUAAUACGUUUUUCGAUUGCAACAUGUCGCCUCCAAAUGGUAAAAAGAGGAUUCUUAUAAAUUCUGAGUUGACUUUGUCGUAUUUAGGCUGAUUGUCAAGCCAGUUUGGAAGAAUAUGGUGCUGAUGAAGAUCAUGCAAUACUCAUUUCUACACCAAACGUAAACUAAUGUUUUCAUAAAGUCAAAAACUACUGAGACAAAUUGGUUGUUUUGCCGUAUGAUUUUAAACACCACAUCUUUUACUCUUUCAGAUCAAUCUAUCCAGACAAGUGGAAUAUCAUCUUCCAGAAUAUGAUAUCGAUACAUUAUCUACAAAAUCAGUGGAGGUAUAUUCAUGCAAAAUUUUAUACACAUUGAUUUAGUUUUUGCUCAAUGUGGUAUUCACUUUCGGGAUGUGGAUUACCAUUACCACAAUGCUAAACGAUCAGUUCUAUUUAAACUCUGUUCCAAAUACCUACACGGUACACCCAGUAGUUUGGUUUAGUUGUACAUCUACUAGAUUUUCCUUCAUAAUUAUUAUAUUACUUAGCUUUUACAUGUAGUUGCAUUCAAGUAUAAUGUUGUUCUCUUAUAUUAUAGUCUCUAGCAAAUACAUUCAUUGAUUUGCGCUGUUUUACCCAAGGUGCAAAUCACUUGCUGAGAGCUAGUGUACCAGAAAAGAGGAAUUUCUUGGGAUUUUUUAAAAUAGAUUUUUAAAGAUUUUGAGGUUUUAUUUUGAGGUUAUAUUUUUCAAGAUUUUUCGAGUGAUUUGCUCCACGCUCUAAUCAGCUAAAUCGUAUAUAUUGACGAUCCUGAUUAGGCCAAAAGUUUAAACUUUAAAAAUUAUUUUCAUUUCAGAAGGUGUCUGCUGAGGAGUUCUUGUUCUGCGGAGGCACAAGUAUGUGUUGUACGCCAAACACAAAUUCCACAAUGAACAAUACCAUUGUCAAUAUGCUAUUUUAUUACAAGUGGCAACCAACUCCACAGGCGAAGAACAAACUUCUGGCCUUGAAUACAUUCCUGUGCAGCAUAAGUGACGGUGAAAUAGAGCCUGUAAGGUUUGAACUCCACCAACCAAUUGAUGAAGUUGCGUUGAGCACCAGGUCGUAUAUAAAAAGCAAAUUCAAAGAAAUAUCCCAAGCGAUGCUUGAUUGUAUUGCACCUGGACAAUCAGAUAAGUGGAGGCUACUUACUGAAGAAAAGAAGUCGAAAGAGCGCAAUCAAAGCAAUGAGAUGACAAUGGAUACUCUGCUGAAACUUUACGACGCAUCAUCAUCUUGGUACACAAAAGAAAUGAUUUUAUCAGUAUUUGCUUCCCAUUAUACCAAAAGUCAACUGCAAACCAUGAUUCCUGGUCUCUCUGUGUGGCGAAUCGAUCGUGCACAAUCACAUUCAAACACUAUUGGGACAGCUGAGCCUGAGGAGAAAGAGCCAGUCGUACGCUACCGUCUUCCGCAAGAGAAGUUAGACCAUUUUCUUGAUUUUACUAGUAGUCCCUGUUUUCUGCAAGAUGUAGCAUAUGGGACCAGGCAUCUGAAGUUAUCAACAGGCGAAAAACUAGAGAUUCCAGGUGUAAUCAGAACUCUAGUUAACACAAGAAUGGUUAAACUGUAUCAGGCAUAUUGUAAUGAAAUUGGGUUUAGUCCUCUAGGAAAAACAUUGUUGCAUUCAAUUCUAAAGGUACAUAAUUAUGUUUAAUUUACAUAUACAAUCUAACAAUCACUCAAAACUCAUCUAUAUUCUACAGUGUAAUUUGAAUUUUGCAUUUUGAAAAAUGUGUGUGUACAUGUAACUCCGUGCUCAUGUAUAUGUAACUUCAUGCAGCUCGAGAGGCAGUUGGAUUUUGAGUUAUUGUCAAACAGCAUUGAGGACUUUCGAGCCAAUCCCUUCAGAUUCAGAAGACAUGUUUGGUGCCAAAGUAAGCUACGUUGGUUCUAAACACGAUUCCAGCCAAUAAGAUUAAUUUGGUGAUGUUCCGCCAACAUGAAAUCACAAAUGUAACAGUCAAAUCUAAAUAAGGUUUUGCCAUACACAGGGCAUCCAUUUUCUGUAUUUCAUGCAGUAAUAUUGGUCUAAUAAAGCAUGAAAGUGGCCUGAGGCAUGCUAAUAUGACGUCUUAUGUAUACAACAACUUUAAACAAAAAUGUCUUGAGCUGCUGCUAAUUUCGCUGACGAAAGGCGCUGAUAUUUCGAGUGAAGCCUGUUUGCUAGUUCUAUCAAUUAACCAUGUUACUAAUGCAUAUUUCGCCUAGUUCCAGUCCUUCCAAGGCGCAAAAGUCACUACUGGGCCAAACUCUUAUACCCUCAGAAAGGACUGACACAAGGUCGACUAAUGACUUUUUCCCCGAGAGGACUGGAACAACGAAAAUUGCAAAAUGAUCUAUUACCAAAGUAAAUUUGAUGAACAUUUGGAGGGUAUAAUGCAAGUUUUGGUUAGGAUUGAGGGUAGUAAAUGCUAAUAUCAACAACUUAUUUGUGAUACUACUGAUAUAAUUUGAAUAAACAACUGUGUGUUUUAAUACCAUAGAUGUGUGCAGCUUCACAAACAAAAAGCCUUUCGGGACUUGACAAUAUAGCCUCUGAAGGAUCGGCAGCCUUUGAUAACUUAGUGGAGUCUUUAGAUACAUUAGCAAAUUUAGGUAAGUGUCCUAUAUGGAGUAAACUUUUUUUCAUGGUGUUAUCCUUCUGAUGCAUUAAAGCAGACUAAGUAUUUCUUAAUUCCAUAUUCUUUUUGUACAAGGUGUGAAUAGGGAGUGGGUUGACCUGUGUAUACAACGACUACGUGCUUCGAAAAAAUACUUUAAGGCUGACUUCAAAGUUCACGUGCAAGAAGAAAGUCGAUGUGCAGAUCACUGCAAGGUGUACGAGUUAUCCUCUGAAAAGGAAUUCAGUAGCACAUGUCCACAUAAGCAUGAUGCUAUUUGCGAUAGAUGUGAUGAUUGCAAAGGUGUUCUCCGGGAUUUACGUAAUGUCCUGGACAAUGAAAGUAUUCUUAACAGAUGUGUGUACGACGAGAACAAUAAGAAUAUUUAG